AUGCCUACCUACGUGUUGACAUAUUGCAAUACGCUGAGCAUCGUACUCGGCAUUCCCGUGCGAAACAAGCACCCCGGCUGCAAUGGCAACAACCCUCAAGGGGAAGCAGCGGGAAGCAAGGUCGAGGGGCCCAGGGGAUCUUCGCUCCAGGUUCGUGGCUUGGGGUUUUGCGUUACCAAGAUUAGUUGUUAA